AUGCAGUUACAGAACAUAUUACUGGCUAGCUCGCUAGUUUCUGGACUUUCACUCGCUACAGAUUCAUCGUCGACUACUGGUGGUGGUUACGCUCCAUCAAUGAUUUCUUGCCCCGAUGAUGAUACCUCUUUAGUUAGGAAUGCUUCCGGUUUAUCUACCGCCGAAACCGAUUGGUUAAAGAAAAGAGAUGCUUAUACCAAGGAAGCUUUACAUUCCUUCUUAAGCAGGGCUACUUCAAAUUUCAGCGACACUUCUUUGUUAUCCACUCUUUUCGGUAGUAACUCUUCCAAUGUCCCUAAGAUUGGUAUUGCAUGCUCUGGUGGUGGCUACCGUGCCAUGUUGGGUGGCGCCGGCAUGAUUGCUGCUAUGGACAAUCGUACCGACGGUGCUAACGAGCACGGUCUUGGUGGACUACUACAAAGCUCUACGUAUCUAUCGGGUUUGUCAGGCGGUAACUGGUUGACAGGUACUUUGGCGUGGAACAAUUGGACCUCUGUACAGGAAAUUGUAGAUCAUAUGAGUGAGAGCGAUUCCAUCUGGAAUAUCACGAAAUCUAUCGUAAAUCCAGGUGGCUCUAACUUGACCUACACAAUUGAAAGAUGGGAAUCUAUUGUACAAGAAGUGCAGGCCAAGUCCGACGCUGGCUUCAAUAUAUCUCUGUCGGAUUUAUGGGGCCGUGCACUCUCCUACAACUUCUUUCCAAGCUUACCAGAUGCUGGUGCUGCUUUGACUUGGUCUUCUUUGAGGGAUGUUGAUGUAUUCAAAAACGGUGAAAUGCCUUUACCAAUUACUGUUGCAGAUGGUAGAUACCCGGGCACCACUGUAAUAAAUUUGAAUGCCACUCUUUUCGAGUUCACUCCAUUCGAAAUGGGUUCUUGGGAUCCUUCUUUGAACGCCUUUACGGAUGUGAAGUAUCUAGGUACCAAUGUUACAAAUGGUAAACCAGUCAAUAAGGACCAGUGUGUUUCUGGUUACGAUAAUGCUGGAUUUGUGAUUGCUACCUCCGCCAGUUUAUUCAACGAAUUUUCCUUAGAAGCCACGACUUCAACCUAUUACAAAAUGAUUAAUACUUUUGCCAACAAGUACGUUAACAACCUGUCCCAAGAUGAUGAUGACAUCGCAAUCUACGCUCCAAAUCCAUUCAAAGACACAGAUUUUGUUGACCGUAAUUAUACUUCCAGUAUUGUUGAUGCCGAUGAUUUGUUCUUAGUUGAUGGUGGUGAAGAUGGUCAAAAUUUGCCUUUGGUUCCACUAAUCAAGAAGGAACGUGAUUUAGAUGUAGUGUUUGCUUUGGAUAUAUCCGACAAUACUGAUGAAUCAUGGCCAAGUGGUGUCUGCAUGACCAACACUUAUGAGCGUCAAUUUUCUAAGCAAGGUAAAGGAAUGGCUUUUCCAUAUGUCCCAGAUGUGAACACCUUCCUUAACUUGGGCCUAACUGAUAAACCAACGUUUUUCGGUUGUGAUGCAACAAAUUUAACGGACUUGGAGUAUAUUCCACCUUUAGUUGUAUAUAUUCCAAACACAAAACAUUCGUUCAAUGGUAAUCAGAGUACUUUGAAAAUGAACUACAAUGUUACUGAACGUCUUGGAAUGAUCAGAAAUGGUUUCGAAGCUGCUACAAUGGGCAACUUUACCGACGAUUCUAGCUUUUUAGGUUGUAUUGGUUGCGCCAUCAUUAGACGUAAGCAGCAAAGCUUAAACGCGACCUUGCCCUCUGAAUGUACUAAAUGUUUUACCGAUUACUGUUGGAAUGGUACAUUAAGUACUUCAGCUAGUCCUGAACUAUCCGGUAACAGUACAUAUCAAAGCGGUGCAAUUGCCUCUGCAAUCUCUGAGGCUACUGACGGUAUUCCAAUAACGGCUCUCCUAGGUUCAUCAAGUUCUGGAAACACUACAUCGAACUCGACUUCAUCAAAUGUUACCUCCAACUCAAAUUCUUCGUCGAAUACAACUUCAAACUUAAACUCUUCAUCCUCUUCAAUUUCUACUUCCGCAGCUCGUUCUUCUUCCUCGACGGCAAACAAAGCGAACGCUGCGGCUAUUUCCUAUGCGAACACUAAUACUCUGAUGAGUUUGUUAGGCGCCAUAACAGCAUUAUUUGGACUUAUUUAA